UUUCUUUUAUACUCCCCCUUAGCCUCUCCGUGUUGAUGUACGGUGCAUCCGACCUUCACUCCAGCAACCGCCCGUGUUCUUCUCGCCUAUUGGCUGUCGUUCGAAUAACCACGCGUAUGACUGGAUGGCGUGAAUGUCGAUCAAGUCGGCGCGUCUUGCGAUUGGUUGUUAUUCCUCGUCCUCCCUUGCUAGCUUUCUCCGAGCCGCUGCUCUCAGUGUUAGCACGUUUACGCUUCUCCUGCUUCGCUUUUCUUCUGUUUGUCCUGUAGGAUCUGGACGUGUGUUGAUAAAAAACGCUUGUUUAUAGCGACCCUGGCUGUAAGAAGGCGACAGGAGGAAGCAGUGUGUUUGUUUGGGCCGGUAGGAGACGAUUAGACGCGGACUAACAUGGCGGCGGUGUCAGUGGGGGUGAGCGGCUUGUCCGUGCCUGUGGCCCGGCUGGAGGGACGUGAGUUCGAGUACCUGAUGAAGAAGCGCUCGGUGACCGUGGGCCGGAACUCGUCUCAGGGCUCCGUGGACGUGAGCAUGGGCCACUCGAGCUUUAUCUCCCGCAGACACCUGGAGCUGUUCACCGCCGGAGAGGACCAGGGUGCAGCAGGAGACUUCUAUCUGCGCUGCUUGGGGAAGAACGGCGUGUUUGUAGACGGCGUGUUUCUGCGCAGAGGAGCUCCUCCACUACAGCUGCCCCGAGUGUGCACGUUCCGGUUCCCCAGUACGAGCAUAAAGAUCACGUUCACGGCAUUGGGGCAGGUGAAGAAGGAGUCAAAGGAGGCGGAGUCUCCGGUAAAAGCAGUGCAGCCUCGUAUCUCGCCGCUGUCAAUCAACAUCCCUGAUAACAUUGCUCACCUGAUGAGCCCUCUGCCCUCACCCACAGGGACCAUCAGCGCGGCUAACUCGUGUCCGUCGAGUCCCAGAGGUGCUGGGUCAUCAGGUUAUAAAGUGGGCCGUAUGGUGUCGUCAGACCUGCACCUGAUUAACGAUAACUCUCAGUCAGAGAACGAUAAGGAGGCGUCAGGUGGAGACAGUCCCAAAGACGACUCUAAACCUCCGUACUCGUACGCUCAGCUCAUCGUGCAGGCCAUCACACUCGCUCCAGACAAACAGCUCACACUCAACGGCAUCUACACACACAUCACCAAGAACUACCCCUACUACAGGAGUGCAGAUAAGGGCUGGCAGAACUCGAUCCGACACAACCUGUCUCUGAACCGGUACUUCAUCAAAGUUCCGCGCUCUCAGGAAGAGCCGGGGAAGGGUUCGUUCUGGAGGAUCGACCCGUCCUCUGAGGCGAAGCUCAUUGACCAGGCCUUUAGGAAGCGUAAACCCCGAGGAGUGCCGUGCUUCAGGACGCCGCUGGGACCGCUGUCCUCCAGGAGCGCUCCAGCAUCACCCAGUCAUUCUGGAGUUCUUUCUGCACACUCCAGCGGCGCCCAGACCCCCGACAGCCUGUCACGGGAGGGAUCGCCCGUUCCCUUGGAGAUAGACUCCUCCCCUGCUCCGCCCCCUGUCAGCGCCGCUGCUGUGCAGCCGAAACUGGCUGUGAUCCAGGAGGCUCACCUGACACAGGCCACGCCCGUAAGCAGUGCUCCAGUGUUGAUAGCCGUACAGAGACCCGUGGUGUUCUCCUCUUCCACCUCCUCCACAGCUGCUCCUCAGACAUUGAUGCAGACUCUCCAUGUCCUCCAUCAGAUCCCCAUCAGUGCUGCUAAACCUCAGGAGAAUGGAGCAGCACACUCAGACGGCAAAGUGAAAGUAGAAGCCGUACCCACCAUCACCCACACGUCUGUAGGCUCAGCCAAUCGGAUCAUCCAGAGUAGCGCGGCCACGCCCUUACAGACGGUUACCAUAGUGCAGCAAGCCCCAUUGGGUCAGCACCAACUGCCAAUCAAGACCAUCACACAGAAUGGCACCCACAUGAUGCCCAUCGCUACAGCCAGCACAGUGUCCAGUCCUCUCCACCUGUUGGCAGCCCACGCCUCCAUCUCUGCUUCUCUGCCUACUAAACGACAGAAUGGAGAGAACGAGCAGCCUGAGAAUAAACGACAGAAAAUGGAGGUGCAGCAGCACAGCAUUACUUCUGACCCUAAUGGAACAGUUGAAAAGAACACGCCCACUGCUGUCAAUCAAGACUAGGCAUUAACAUGAGCCCGCCCUUUCUCAAAAGCUCCACAUCUUUCUGUUCAUCUUAUUCAUUUCUCUCUGUGUGAAUGUGUGUGUGAGGUGUCAUGUCCGUUACCGACUGUUCAAUACAAAGCAAAAAAUCCUAUUGAAUGCUCUGGAGUAAAACCCCACCCACUCACAGGCUCCUCCCCCUCCUGCUGUAUGGUGCUACACAGCGCAGCAACAACAGAUAUCAUGUCACCCAGCAGCGCUAAAAUAUACACACACUGUUCUGCAGUAACCUGUAUAUUUGCAUGCGCGCACACACACACACACACACACGCGCGUGCGCGCACACACACACUUUCCUGAAUCUUCUCCUCCACAUUCCACACUUUGGCUCAUCUGUAACGCCACUCACCAGAGACGGCCAACAUAAGGGAUCAACUCCUCCUGGCAGCUAAGCCCUCACACACACACACACACACACACACCUGACACAGUGAGAUAUGCAGUAUUUUCUUAUGUGGAGCACAUUUUUUGCUUUUUUGUGUAAUUUGUGGACGUUUAUAGAGAUUUAUUAGUCCUACAGACCAGCCGUGGAGGAUCCUGGACUUCACCCGACUUCACGUUCCUUUAGGAAAAUUCUUUUCUUUUUUUUUCCUGUUCAAAUAGGAUUUUUUUUUUGUUUUUUUUUCUAUAAAGAUUUCUGUCUAUAUAUAACGAAUAAGUGUCCGUUUCCACCCUGUCGAGUCCGAGCCUCUUUUCUUAUUUUCAUAUGUAAAAGAUGUGAUUAUACAAAACUAAAUACGACGCUGCCGAUAAUGUGCUAAUAACAAUAAACACACUCGAGCCCGGAACUGAAGACGGCAGCUAGACACGUCCACAUCCGCGUCUCUCUCCCGUGUGGGUCUUCCUCUCUGCUCAGGCCGCUUCACUCAACAGGCUCUGUGCAGAAGGCAAGGCGUCGAGUCCUUUAAGGACGUAGGAGUCGAGCUACAGGAUGUAAGCCCCGCCCUCCAGCCUGCAGGUUGUCCAUCACCGACUCCGUGUGUUUCAGUCGGAUCGUUCUGCUCCGAUCUCGUCACCAGUCGAUUGUACGUGUUCCCAAGGACGCAAAUACGGAUAAAGAAGAAAAAAAGAUCACUGUUCUGGGAAAAUGCUUUUUUUAUAUAUAUAUAUAAAUUAAUUUAAACCCUUCA